AUGAAUGCCCCUGAUCGUUACGAGCGUUUCGUUGUUCCUGAAGGAACCAAAAAGGUAUGUUACGAGAGAGACACGAAGAUCAUAAAUGCAGCUUCAUUCACAGUUGAAAGAGAAGAUCAUACAAUCGGCAACAAUCUCCGCAUGCAGCUUCAUAAAGACCCUAAUGUCUUGUUUUCUGGUUACAACCUUCCUCAUCCUCUUCACUACAAAACUACUACCCGGAUACACACAACUAGUCAGUCUUCACCAACGCAAGCAUAUAACCAGUCUAUCAAUGAUCUAGACAAGGAACUCGAUCACUUGAAGAGCGGCUUCGAGGCGGAGUUGUUGAAGUUCUCAAAGGAUUAUUGA